AUGGGAGUGGACGGUGGGGGAUUCGGCAGGAGGGGAGGGGAGGUGCUGGGACGAAGGCAGGAGGGGGCGAGGGAUGGUGGGGUGGGGAUGGGAGAGAGGGAGGAGAGGGAUAGGGAGGGAGGGGAAAGGAGGGGGGCGUGGAGAGAGGAGCGGGAGGAGAGAGGUGAGAGGGGGGAGAAGGGCGAGAGGGGUGAGAGGGUGAAGGAGAAGUGGAAGGAGGAGCGAGAGAAGGAGAGGGGCUUAAAGGAGGAGCGUGGAGGGAGUGUGGGUCCGGAGUCAGAUAGGAGUGCGCGGAGAGGUGUGAAGGACGAGAGGGGUGAGAGGAGGGAGCGAGGUGAGCGGAGGGAGAAGGAUGAGAAGAGUGAGAAGGGCGAGAAAGGUGAGAGGGGUGGACGAGGGGAUAAGGGGGAGAGGGGGGGGCGAGAGAGGGAAGAGAGAGAGGGAGGAAUGGAGAGGGUGAGUGAGGAGGGGAGAGGCAGAGAUAGGCACAAGCAGAGGGGGAGGGAGAAAGUCGGGGAGAAAGAAAGAGGAGAGAAAGAGCGGGAGCGAGAGAGGGGAAGGGAGAGGGGAGCAAGUGUGGGUGAGGAACGCGAUAGGGAGGUGGCAGGCAGGGGGGAGGAGAGGGCGGGGAUGAAGGCAGACAAAGAGGGGAGGCGAGGCGAGAGGGACGGGUGGAGAGGUGGUGAGGGGGUGGUUCGAGAGGGGGCCGGGCGAGAGGGUAUGGGCCGAGAAGCGAUGGGCAGCGAGGGUGCAGGCAAGGAGGGUCCUGUGGUUGACCUGCGGGCGCAGCUGCGCGCGGAGAAGGAGAAGGGGCGUGGUGGGCGCGGCCGGGACAAGGACGUACGGGACUGGGAGGGCGACGAGCGGGAGGAGAGGAGCCGCGAGCGCGGGUGGGGGAGGGAUGAGAAGGAGAGGGGCAAGGAGCGAAGCAAGGAGAGGGGAGGGGGCGGUGGGAUGGAGGGAUUGGGCGAGGCAGCAGGGGAGAGGAGACGUGGAGGAGAGGCACGCGAGGGGGAGAGGGGCGAGCGACAUGCACACAGAGGCGUGGGUGGUGCUGUGGAGGACGGCAGGCGGACAGGCACCGCGCCCCGCUCGCCCUCACCCACUGCUGCUGACACCACUGGCGCUGCAGGUGCUGGUGGCGGUGGAGUGCGGCGCAGUGCGGUGCAGCGCACGGAUGGGCACCUGGUGGUGCAGGUGGGGGGCCGCACGGGGGAAGGGGCCACGGAGAGGCGGGGAGGGGGGGCGUGGCGGGAGAGUCAGGGCCACCUAGUGGUGCACAUGGGGAGUGGGGGCGGGGGAGGGGAUGGUCGCAGGGCGAGUGGGGGGGAGGAGGGUGGUGCAGGCGCAUAUGGCGGGGCGAGUGGUGCAGGGGGGAGGAAGCGCAAGUCAGAUGACGGUGGGGACAGGCGCAGUGACAGGGAGGGAGCGAGCGAGGGAGGGGGGGGAGUGGGGAUGGGGGGAGAGGCGGGCAGCAUGGCAAGUGGUGGGGCAGGUGGCAGGGCGGAGGGGGAAGGGGCGGGAGGAGGGGAAGGCAAGACGGAGCGGCCCGCACGCAAGAGGCGCAUCAUAGCAGUGGGCAGGUCCGUGUGCGCCGUUGCGUUGCAGCGCGUGCGCGUGCGCAUGCCCCCGGCACGCACGUUGGCGGAGCAUCGUAGCGGCUCAUGCGGGUGGCGCGUGGUGCAGAGAGGGUGCGAUGCGGAGUGCGCUAUUGGGGCGCGUGGGAGGCGAAGUGGGCCAACAGCACAGGGUAGGGGCGUCAAGGGGCCAACAGCACAGGGUAGGGGCGUCAAGGGGCCAACAGCACAGGGUAGGGGCGUCAAGGGGCCAACAGCACAGGGUAGGGGCGCCAAGGGGCCAACAGCACAGGGUAGGGGCGCCAAGGGGCCAACAGCACAGGGUAGGGUAGCCACCGGGAGGCCGGCUCAAAAGGGUGCAGGUCUCACAGCAGCCCCGCCCAUCGAAGCAGCAGUAGACUGUCUUGCAGAGGGUGAUGAGACGUGCAUGGGCGAGCUGGGUGAUGAGACGUGCAUGGGCGAGCUGGGUGAUGAGACGUGCAUGGGCGAGCUGGGUGAUGAGACGUGCAUGGGCGAGCUGGGUGAUGAGAUGUGCAUGGGCGAGCUGGGUGAUGAGACGUGCAUGGGCGAGCUGGGUGAUGAGACGUGCAUGGGCGAGCUGGGUGAUGAGACGUGCAUGGGCGAGCUGGGUGAUGAGACGUGCAUGGGCGAGCUGGGUGAUGAGACGUGCAUGGGCGAGCUGGGUGAUGAGAUGUGCAUGGGCGAGCUGGGUGAUGAGACGUGCAUGGGCGAGCUGGGCGUGUGA